AUGGCGGUGGUGAUGUUCCUGUACGGUGCGGCGAUGAAGCGGGGCCUCUCGACGACGAGCAGGUCGGGCUGGCGCUUCAACCACGCCUACUACUAUGGCUGCACCGACCUCAAGAGCGACAUCUUCUUCACGGCGUCCAUCUUAUCCGCCGGCGCCACCGGGUACGCCAUCGCGGCCUACGUCAACUUCCAGCGGACGGACGAGCCGGCGCUGGGCCAGUUCAUCGAGCUGGGCGUCGCGAUGGGACAGCCGCAGUGGGCGCAGCCGUAUCCUCCGCCGCCCUACCCGCCGCCUAUGGCUAACCCUGCUCCUCCCCAGUACGGGCACGGCGGCUACGGCCCCAGGCAACCUGCGGGCACAGCUUGA